AUUUUUUUUGCUCAUCCCACCCAUGGUAACACUCUGGAUGCGUCCUGCCUGCUUAUGAGGAAGCUACAGAAGGAUUACAAUUCCGAACGCAACCAUGUUCAAUUCAAUCCAACUCAAAACCCCCUUUUUUAUCGUCUCCAAGCAACACUCCUAUCCCAUUUUCUCCUCUAAUCCCUUACAUCCCCUAUCUCCUAAACCCACAUUCUUUCCUAAAAGAGCACUUCGAUGGAGCAUCAGAUCCUUCGCUGCGGAUCACGAAAUCGAUAUGGUGAGGAACAAACAAGGGGUUUACACAGCCAAGUCCAAGAAAGUUGUGGUUUUGUGGGACUUAGACAACAAGCCGCCUAGGGGACCGCCGUACCAGGCGGCGGUUGAACUGAAGAGGGUUGCUCAGAAAUUCGGGGAAGUCGUACACAUUUCAGCCUACGCCAACCGCCACGCUUUCUCCUACCUCCCCCGAUGGGUUGUUGACCAGCGCCGCGAACGGCGGCGUAUGGAUAUUCUCGAGCGUAAGGGGGACUUGACCCCGCCAGAGCCCUACAUAUGCUCCGUCUGUGGCCGGAAAUGUAAGACCAAUUUAGACCUGAAGAAGCACUUCAAGCAGCUGCACGAGAGGGAGAGACAGAAGAAGCUGAAUCGGAUGACCUCACUGAAAGGGAAAAAGCGGCAGCGGUACAAGGAAAGGUUUAUCGACGGCAACCACAAGUAUGUUGAGGCUGCUAGGAGCUUGAUAACCCCGAAAGUAGGGUACGGCCUUGGGUCAGAUCUGAAGCGAGCCGGGGUGUUUGUGAAGACGGUGGCAGAUAAGCCUCAGGCGGCGGAUUUAGCAUUGAAACAACAAAUGCAGCAAUCACUGAGCAGAGGGGUUGAUUGGGUCUUCUUGGUUUCGGAUGAUUCUGAUUUUUCUGAGAUGUUGAGGAUGGCUGGGCAGGCGAAUUUGGGGACAGUAGUGGUAGGAGAUUCGGACAGUGCAUUGGGGAGGCAUGCUGAUUUGUGGGUUCCAUGGAUUAGAGUGGAAAAGGGGGAUAUAACUGAGAAUGAUUUAGUGCUAAAAAGAAAGGAGAGUUCUUGGGCGUGGAGUAGUAAUGGCAAGGUUUCUGUCAGGCAGUUUGAUGGUGGGGAGGAAGAAGUUGGGGAUGGUCUUGUUGAAAGAAGGCAGCUUAGUGACUUGCAAAGUUCAGCUUUUUCUGAAGCAGACAAUUUAGAUGUUUGGGAAGAGUGUAGUGAUGACUCAAUAUAUGGUUCUGAUGAUGAUGAUGAUGAUGAUGAUGAAGACUUCAUCUAGUUUCGUCCCUAAGUUAGUGGAACAACCUCUUUGAAAAAGACUAAACUUUGAUGCGAUUCUACUCAUAACUGAAAUUUGGUCCUAAAGUGUGAGUGCACCCCUCAUGCUUGAUCAAGACCCUGGACAAAAUUGUAACAACAUAUAUUAGCUCAAAACAACAAUUAGAUUUUGGAUGGUCCAUGCUGAAUGCUGAUGCUUACUUCUUGACAAGUUGGAGAGACUCCAGGUAGAUAAUUGUUUUCUGUAAAUCUGUUUCUAAGAUGGAUCUGUGCUAUGACUCAAGAAAUCAUCGAUUCAAGUUUGAUUUUGGGUAUCUUUCUCAUUUGGAAAAGACUAUGCAAUGUUUGCAUCAAUAUGAUUGUUCUGCGCACCUCUUAGUUUAAUCAUAUGAUGUGCAUGUUUGGUUUACCUUCAUUACAUGUAUGUGCUAUAUGUUCGGGAAUAAUAUAAAACUAGUCAUACAUGUGCAUUUUGUCUAAGUUUUAGUCCUAUUUAGAGUAAUUUCUGUUGAUGUAUUUAGAACAUACAUGCAUGUAACUUGACAAUAUCUUUUAUAUUUUCAUGAAUCUGUUGAGAAGAGUGAACCUCUGGUCUUGGC